UUGCUUAGAAGCUACAGAGGGUGACAUUUAUCGAAAGUAUUUCUGAGUGGACUGAUAAAGUACGGUUUCUUUCUGGGAGAAUGCUGCUGCCACAUGAACAAUUUCUUGGCUUGUUCAUGUCGUUUCUUCUGACAGAUGGCGCAUGGGCAACUGCGACAGGAAUCAAAUACUUUUUGGCAACUUGUCCUAGACAGAACUGCGAUUCAGUUUGUGCAACAUUUGGUUUUCAAUGUGCUAAAACGGGGCAAAGCUUUCCAGGUUCAUCUGCUUUACCUAUAUUCGAAUCUCUGGGAAUUUCGUGCAAAACUAUCAACGGCAGCGAACAAUAUGAAAGUGAAGAGCACCCUUGUUACUUUGCGGAGUCUCACGUCACGAAAUGGGUUGGAGUAUGCGUCGGAUUUAAGGGUAUCCCUGGGACCAUUGACUGUCACACAGCCAACAACACUUACAUCCGCAGGUUGUGUCCAUGCUUUGAUCCUACAGCUCCAUCUAAAGCAGGAAUUUCCACCACAAAAAGAGCUCUUGGUACUAUGGAACCUUCCGCGAAUCAAAGGACAUCUGCUGUAAAAUCGCCCAUCCCAGAGGAACGAACCGGAAAACCAACAGGGGAAACUAAGAACACUUCAUCUGACAACAAAGAACAUUCGGGAGCGAACCCUCCAGAACAGCAGAUAGGAACAAGCGGCGAUGCUGAUAGAACAGCUCUUAUUGUUGUAGCAGUUAUUGCUGCUGUUUUAGUGCUCUGUCUUUUGGGAUUAGCAGUUAUUUUCAUGAGGAAUAAGAGGAAAUUUAUCAGUCAGAAAGAAGACACAGAUGUUUAUAACGAAAAGCUUAAUGUCAAAUUUAGCAAGAACAAGAGCGACGCAGUCUUAUCUGAUACGAUGGAUGGUUUAGCUGUUGAUGAGACUGAUCAAGAAAACAGAUAUGCGAGCCUGAUAGAAAAGUCCACUGACAACAUUUUGUAUGCAAGCGUCACCGAAGAAAAGAAUAUUUGCUUUGUGUCCGGUAACAACAAUCACGUGUACGACAGAUUAGUGUAAGUUCCUUUUAUUGAGCCGCUGAAGUUGAGGAUUUUAAAUCAAUCAACAGUUGCAGAGUCAGCGCCGGUGGACCUCACUCAAGUCAUCAUUGACCCAUCAUUGUGUUCAUGAUCUGGCAACAAAAUCGCACUAAUCAAAACCGCUACUAUACCAAAUAAUCAGCAUGAAUGUCGUGUGAGAAUAAUUUUAAGAUUAGUUUAUAGAAAAUUACUGUACCCGAAAAGAUACAAUGAAAGGAGAUAAUUACAACUGUCUUUUGAAUUUGUAAAUACAUUGGUAACCUUCCAGACAUUGGACCUGAAAGCUGUAAGCUGACCUGAAGUGAAUUUUUGCACUUCUCGUGUGCAAGGCUUUUCAUGAUCAGUCAGAGAGCAGUCGCCUUGAAACUUGCCAGCUCAUUCUUCUUCUUCUACUUAUGCCAUAAAAUAUC